UCUCGACAAUUGCCUAGAAAACGAUGACGACUGCGAAGAGAAAUCCACCGUUUCGUGCCGAGCACUGUGGCUCGCUACUUCGUCCCGACGAGUUGGUGCAGAAGCGAUAUGACGUUGCGGCGGGGAAAGUUUAUGCCUUGGAGCUAGUCCCAUUGGAGGACAAGUCGAUUGCAGACGUCGUCAAGCUGCAAAAGGACUGCGGAAUUCACGUAAUCUCGAGUGGCGAAUACACCAGGCAUAUGUUUUGGGGCACUUUUUUCGAAGAGCUCAAUGGCAUGAAAGAACUCCAGCUCGGUGUUCUGAAAGGCUAUGAUGCCUCCAUGUUCCGUGACUAUGCGCCAGAUGUCAAGUCAUUUAUGGAAUCGAAGGAAAUACCAAAUGCGGUGACCGUUUGCGUCGGAAAGAUAUCCCAUCCGGGGCAUUCAAGCUACCAGCGCGAGGUCGAUAUCAUGAAGAAGCUUCUGCCAGAGAACGAAUGGAAGAACAUUAAAAUUACAAUGAUCUCGCCGAGCUGGUAUCACUUUAGGUAUCGAGCGGGCCGCAGCUACCCUAAGGAUGUGUAUGCGAAUGAUGACGAAUACUUUGAAGACGUUGCAAAGGCAUACCAGGCUGAGCUGAAAUAUCUGCACAGCCAAGGCAUUAGGAACAUACAGAUUGACGACCCAAACCUUGCAUACUUUUGCUCCAAGGCGAUGCUUGAUGGUUGGGCCAUAGACCAGGGUAACGACAAGACAGCGGAUGAGAUGUUCGAUGCCUACGUCAAGUUCUACAACAAAUGCUUCGAGAGACCAGCCGACAUGCAUCUCGGAAUUCACCUCUGCCGUGGCAACUAUGUCGGAAGCCGUCACUUCUCCGAAGGUGCGUACGACAUCAUUGCGAAAAAGCUUUUCCAGGACCUCAAUGUUGACACUUACUACCUCGAGUACGACACUCCUCGCGCUGGGGGCUUUGAACCUCUCGCCCAUCUCCCCAAGAAUAAGAACGUUGUUCUUGGCGUAAUUACCUCCAAAUUCCCGAAACUUGAAGACAAAGAUGAAAUGAUUGCUCGUGUAAAUCAAGCAGGGGAUUUUAUUGCCCAAGGCAGCGGUCAGUCUCGUGAAGAGGCAUUACAAAGAGUCUGCGUAUCGCCUCAGUGUGGCUUCGCUUCUCAUGCCGAAGGCAAUGCACUUGGCUAUGAAGAUAUGAGGAAGAAGCUCCAGCUUGUCAGGAGUAUCGCUGACCACGUCUGGCCGGGACAACCGUAAGUAUUGCUUGAAGUGCAAGAUUGAUGUAGAUGUGGAGAGUUAGCUUGGGGUUUGCGGUGAACUUUGAAUGCUGAUUUCAACACGGCGUUCUCACAAUUAAGGAAGAGUUGUUCGGGUUGGUUCAGGUUCUUGUUCAACAUCUUGAAAAGUGAUGCAGCAUUUCCGGUGUCAAUUUCCUUCCUGUCAAGUUAUUUUGAGGGCAACGUGGCAGUGCGAGCAUUUAAGUGAAUUUGAGGGCGGUGGCAAAAUGUGAUAGUUUAGAUAUCAUAGGGAGGACGUACUUGUAUUCUAAAGUAUCCCGCAACGGGAGACUUGGAGGAACCUACGAGCUACAAGACGGGUUGGUUUCGAUUGCU